GGAAUGCAGUGCAUCAGUGAGCAUCCACAUAAUUUCCCUUCACAACAUGGACGCAGGUUUGAAACGAAAACACUUUGACACAAGCGAUCCCGAAGAUGCGACUAAUCGCAAGGUGGUGUCUCAUUUGAUUUCUUUUCUCUCAUAGUAUUUAGAUGUUAUUUAGUUUUUAGGCAUUUGUACGAGACGUGCCUGCCAUUAAUUGAAAAUGUACUGCACUAUUUAAAGCUUACGUGUCCUUCGAUUGUUUUGUUCCGCUCUUUUACAUGAUUGCUUUGAACAAUUUUUGCAUAGAAACACCAGGCUGAAACUGAUGGAAAGAAACAUACUUCAAUCGUGUUUUCAUUGAAAGAGGAGGUUGGUUCUCUGGCCAGGGCGCUUAAACUGUUUGAGGUAAAUAAUAAUUAUGCCAAUCACAUGCAUCGAUGAUAAAAAAAACUCUCUAGCUACGCAGCUUGAGCUUACAUACAUCUUAACAUUCUUUUACUCUAUUGACUAACUAAACUUUCGCAUUGAUUACAAAAACUUUUUCUGCGGAAAAGCAAAAAUUUUUAUUCUAUAUAAUCGACGAGAUCUAUAUGUAUGGGUUUUUAAUUUUUAUUAGCAUUGCAAAUUCAAUAUGCUCUUUACAAUUGGACAGUACAAAAUACAGACUGCAGACUGACUGCAGACCAUUCAUUAAUUGUUUUCAGGGUUAGAAAGCAACGGGACUAUUCGUGUCACAUGCUCAUUGGCAUGGUGAAAACAAUGGUCUCCAGCGGUCUGCAGUCUGCAUUUAAAUGUACCAUCCUUAGAAUAGCCUACGAUUCAUUGGCACAAGCUACUGGCAUGUUACUCAUGCGGAAAGGCCUCCAGUUUUCUUGGCUGUACACAUAUCAGUUCACAGAGAACUCUUUGGAGAGCAUGACGAUGUUAUCCAAAAACCUAGUUUCAUCAGAAGCACUGGACAAAUUAUGCAAACUAGAAGUAUUUCAAUGCUUGAGCACAGUAUUUUUGAAUCUCUCAUAAUACAAGUCACUCUGAUUGCCACCUAAAAUUUUGCAGCAUUUGACAACAAUAGUUAUGUUAUGCAAAUUUGGGGACAAACAGAGUGUAUUGGGCGAUUCCAGAAAAUAUCCAUACCAUACCACGGACGGCUUUAAGGAUUUCCGAAGGGGAGGGGGGAUUCAAGAUUAUGGAAUUCUGAAGGCAUGGGGGGGUAUUUACGAUUUGAAAUCCGAAGGUAUGGGGGAAUUCCACAGGCGGGAUUUCUGGAGUAGAAAGUGUAGAGUAAGUUCCUGGAAAACGCUAUUGUUGUGGACUUUUGUAGUUCGUAAAUAAACCACGAACGUAUGACCGCGGAAGCAGAAGACAAGCAUCGAUAGAUCAGACACGUGUUUACGCUCAUAACUUAUAGAAGUGAACAGUAAAAUGUUGGUUUCACAUUUACCUUGAUGAAUUUCUUGUCAUGUGAAUAAAAACUGAAAAUGUAUCUUUUAAUACCCCUUGCAAAUUUCUUGUUACUCCCGUCCGAAACCGUCCGAUAAACAGUAAAAAACUCGCACCAGUCCCUCACUUCCAAGGAACGCCUGUCAGAUUAGAACGCUUUUCGUGCGCACUACAUGACGUAUAAAAGGACGCAACACAACUCGACGGUAUAUUUGACCGCCAGAAGAUUUUAACAGUCUGUUUGAGCUAUUUUCCUUUGUAAACGUCAAAACAGCACAAGAAAACAAAGAGGAGUAAAAUUACCUUAAGUGGUGUUUAUUUUUAUAGCCAAAUUCGGACUUAAAAAGGAGUUUGCACGGCCUGGCAACUAGCGUAGGUUUUUCUUGUCACUGAAGAGUAAAGCUUGUCAUCUGGCGCCGCUAGAUCACAGCCUUGAGGAGGCAUAAAUUCAUGUUCGUUUGUUCUUAUAGGCGUUGCUAAGUCAAAAAUGUACUUCCAAAAAACCCGGAAAUUCUGAAGGGGAGGGGGGUUCACGACUAUGGAAUUCUGAGGGCAUGGGGGGGUAGCGCAUUUUGGAAUUUCCGAAGGCAAGGGGGGGUUAAAACUUGGAAGCCGUCCGUGGUUGGGUAUGGAUAUUUUCUGGAAUUGCCCAUUAUGGAGGAUUUGAAAAUAGUCAAUAAAUAUCAUUUGGUGAUUCUCAGCAGCUAGGAUCUGUCCCUACCCUAAAUCUCAAAACGAGGAAGAGAUAUCCCUUUUGGUAUUUUUUUGCAAAUUCAAAACAUCUCUGUACCCUCUUGUCACCUGAAUGCAUCUGUCUGAUGUCGCUGUUUCAGGGCUUGAAAUAAUGGGGGGUCAACAGACUACAUCCUGCCAAGAUGACCAAUAUUUUAUCCAGGCAAACUUUCGGUUUUAAUAAGUAGUUUCUUAGAAAUCGAUUUUGAGAUAAAUAUUAGCGAUAAAAAAUCACGACGUUUCAACCUCUCCGAGGUCAUUUUCAAGUGUUUAAAAUGACCUCGGAGAGGUCGAAACGUCGUGAUUUUUUAUUGCUAAUAUUAAUUAUUUUAUCUCAAAAACUUUCGGUUUGCCAGUCAUUUUGACUAGAUAUGUAAACAAGUCACCAGAAAAAAAAUUCACACCCUUACAUUUCAAGAGGACUAGCAACUUUUUUCACUUUACAUUUUUGCUUUUUGCUUUGUUAGGCUACAGUGUCAUACAUUCAAGUUGUUAUUUUGACCGGUCAGAAAAUAGAUGUGACCGAGUUUCAGUCAAACUAGCCUUCCAUGCAGACGUUCUUAGGGCUUUGCAACGCGUUCCUUUGCCAUGAAGGAUUGCGUGACAAGCCAAAAGAAAAUCUGUAUGGAAGGCUGCAGACAAACCUGGCAAGACCAUGAACUCUUGAAAUAUUUCAGAAAUGUUUAUUGUGUUAUGACCAAUCCCAGCACUAGGAUUUGUUAUGAGAUUAAUAUAUAUACCUAGCAGCUAGCAUACAAAGUAAAUGAGAGCCAGAAAAUGGAGAGGUCAUCCUAAAUGCUAUUAAUUUUUAUGUAUCACAGGCUCACAAGGUUAACAUGUCCCACAUUGAAUCCCGUCCUUCUAAACGCUCCAAGACAGAAUACGAUUUCUUUGUGGACUGUGAAGAAAUUCAAGGACCCAGGCUAACAAAUUUUGUGGAUGCCUUAAAAGAUCAAGCCUUGUCAAUCACUGUGCAUUCAGAAGAAGGGGGAGGUGAGCGUUAUGUUUCCCAUAUUUAUUCCCCCUGAGCCUUAAGUAAACCCCUCAACCAAAUUAUACAUAAUGUAAGCUCCCAGUCUGAAUGUACCAAAAAGCCCCCACUCCUUAUGCUGAUUCUGAGUCAAACUGACAAGAUUAUUUUUUAAACUGCUAGUCAAGAUUUCAUUCCUGUGUAUUGGUAAGUUCCCAUCAGCUCGCUACCCUUCUAAACUACAUCCCUUUUCCAGAGGCCCAAAAAAAUUGGGCCAACAGUCAUACAAAAAUCUGCAGGUAUCAAUUGUUUCAUUGGUAAACUAUCUUGCAUUCAUAGAAUAUGCCUCUGUGUUAAGUUGUUGAAUUCAAAGAAAGAUACCCUAUUCAAUACUACCAUUCUCGUAGUCAAUCCUUUAGAAACAAUAUGCAUAAUAUGUAAAUGUAUAUUCAAGUAGCUAAAGCACUGAUCAGAAAUUUUUGUUCCAUUUUGUAACGUUUUCAUUUGUUAUUUUUCCUCUCCACUUUAACUUUGAGAUUUGUAGAGUUUUUUGUUUUAGCUGUAGUAAUAGCACAGCACUUGCACUGCAGGCAUGUGAGUGUAAUUGUACUAGAUCAGUUGUAUGACUGCUUUGUUAUCUUAUGUGAAUUUGUUGUGAAAUCACAUUUUAGGUCAGAUUUGUAUAGCAUUUGCAACUUCGUUUCACAGCACCAUGGCCCAAGCUUUUCUGGUGUUGUAGCACCCACAAACUCAUUUACUUUGAUAUUUUUGAUAGUUGGUCCUUUUUAAUUUGAUCAGUAAAAAUUUAGCUGUAAAACUAUUCUCCCUGAGUACUUGAAUUGAAUGAAUGAACAUUAUGAACUUAAUUUAUUAACAAAAAUUGUUGCAUCUUCUAGCUGGCUUCAACAGGUAGCCUGCUAGUUAGGGAAACGUGAUAAUUAAAAUUGAAUUAAGUAUAAGAAUACGUUCAGUAAUAUUUACAUUAAAAAAAACGGUUAGCAAUAAAAUUAUUCUCCAAUAACUAUGCCUUAAGUAGAAAGUUCGAUUUAAAUCAAAGAUUCUGUUGAAGGUUAUUAUAUAAAUAAAAAUAAAUGUGCUUAAAUAUGCAUGUAAACGUACAUUAAUAGUAUUAAUAAAAUAUUAAUGAUGAUUUUAAUGAAUAUUAUUUACUGUAGUUUAAACCUAAAAGUAGUGACUGAUUUAAGUCAAGUGUAAAUUAAGACCUCAAGUAUUGCACAGGUGGCAAUUUGCACAUUUGUGGGCUAAGUGUGAGUUUGUUAUAAUAUUGUUAUGGUAGGCACUUCUCUGCAUAUUAUGGUGCAAAUAAACUUGAAACUUUAAAAGCCAUUUACCCCUGAACUGCACAUAUGGCCUGUGCCGAUCCACAUCCCUCUACCACUUGUGUAUGUCAUUAGUAACUAAGUGACUUAAUAGUCACCGACAACUCUGACAUCUAACUCGUGCAGGGGAAGACCUCUUUCAAAUCAUACUGGAAUGCACAUGAUUCAGUCAAUCAGGUCAGAGUAAUUAAAGCCCAAAAAACCAUAUGAUAAAAGAGAUCGGAAAAUUCCAAUGAAAAUCUUGUUCCACUUCCCACCUGCACUUCACAGUAUCCAGAAAAUGGCUCAACUUAGUUUUAUAGGGCGUUUUUUGGAAAAACAAUAUGUUAAACAAAAAAUAAUGAAGACACAUUGCAUACAGGUUUAUAUUAAAAAAAAUAUAUUAACCCAUUUGCCCCUGAACCGCCCGUAACCGCCCGUGCGGAUCCAGGUCCUUUCUACCCUUUGUGACGUCAUCAGUUUUAACGGUCAAAGACAACUUUCUUCGCUAACUUGUGCAGAGUGAAGAGAUCUUUCAAACCAUACCAGAAUGAGCACAAUUCAGUCAAGGACACCGGAGAAAGAAGCAAAAAACCAUGUGACACUGACCCGAAAAUCUCAAUGAAAAUCUUGUUCCAUUACUCACCUACCUUUCCUUUCACCUAAUCCUAAGAUCCUAAAAGCUUUCCUAAAAACUAUUCCCACCAAAAUGAAGCCUACUAAAUGCCCAGCAAGAGAAAAAAAAAAUGAGGCAAGAAAAGCGAAAAAAGAAGGGAGGAGAGAAAGCGAAAAGUAAAAGUCAAGACUGCUGUGUCACUUUUAAACCCAAAAACUAUCUCGAAAUUUUGCUUUCUGCGCAUGCCUGAACUUCGCAAGCUGAAUAUAUUUUGCAUCUGGAUCAGAAGGCCGCGAAGUUUACAACCUGUAAACUGGUUUGUGGUAAGUUUUAGCUCUUUAUAGCACGACAGUGACCAGAAAACCACUUGACUAGCUUCAAAACGCGUUUUUCGGCAAAAUCUCCAGGAGCGAAUGGGUUAAUGCUGUUCAUCCUUAACUAGUAAAAAUGACACACUGGCAAUCAAUGUAUGGAUAAAUAAAGUGUUAAGUUAUGAAAUGUAUAGAAACGAACUAAUAUAUUUUAUUAAAAAGGGCCUUAAUUUGUCAUCCUCUGUAUUUUUAAAUUUAAGAUCAAUUAAUUCAGAACCAUAAGAGUCCAUUGACCAUGUGUGACACUGUGGUAUACGUAGUGAUAUGAUGUGUUUAAUGUACUGUAAAUCUUCUAUUAAGCCCCCCAAGGGCUUAUUUAUUUCAUGCCCUUUUGGGGGGGGGGCACUUAAUAGAGGUGGGGAGCUUAUUUAAGAGGGGGGAGAUUAUUUCAUGUAGAAAAGAUAAUGGUAUCACUACUCCAUAAAGAACUAGAAUACAAAUUGGAAAAGCUCAAGUAUGAGAAGGUUGGAGGUCAUGCAGCCAGGGAUCAGAAUCAAAUCUAAAAUUCCAGUUGGUAAAUAAACCAGGUAUAGAGGAAUUACAGUAUGUUAAUUUCCUGGCACAAGUCACUUGCACAAGUCAUAUGCACCUGCACCUGCACCAGAUAAUUUUAGUUUGCCAUCUUACUGGUUAAUUACUAAUAACCAUAUCUGUUGAUUUUUCUGGUGUGCAACUGAUUUGUUGUCAUGGUUACUGUGCAUACAUUACAACUCAUCAGAGUCCUCUGAUGGUAAGUUAAUUGAUUUACGUGUUGUUUAUUAGUUUAAAGUUAUUAGAUCAAGUAUAAUAUUGGCAACAAAAAAUGAUUAAAAUAAAGUAAGAAAAUUAAAAUAGGAAAGUUAUUGGGCGAUUCCAGAAAAUAUCCAUACCAUACCACGGACGGCUUUAAGGAUUUCCGAAGGGGAGGGGGGAUUCACGAUUAUGGAAUUCUGAAGGCAUGGGGGGGUAUUUACGAUUUGAAAUCCGAAGGUAUGGGGGAAUUCCACAGGUGGGAUUUCUGGAGUAGAAAGUGUAGAGUAAGUUCCUGGAAAACGCUAUUGUUGUGGACUUUUGUAGUUACGUAAAUAAACCACGAACGAUGACCACGGAAGCAGAAGACAAGCAUCGAUAGAUCAGACACGUGUUUACGCUCAUAACUUAUAGAAGUGAACAGUAAAACGUUGGUUUCACAUUUACCUUGAUGAAUUUCUUGUCACGUGAAUAAAAACUGAAAAUGUAUCUUUUAAUACCCUUGCAAAUUUCUUGUUACUCCCGUCCAAAACCGUCCGAUAAACAGUAAAAAACUCGCACCAGUCCCUCACUUCCAAGGAACGCCUGUCAGAUUAGAACGCCAGACGCACUACAUGACGUAUAAAAGGGCGAACACGACUCGACGGUAUAUUUGACCGCCGAAAGAUUUUAACAGUCUGUUUGAGCUAUUUUCCUUUGUAAACGUCAAAACAGCACAAGAAAACAAAGAGGAGUAAAAUUACCUUACGUGGUGUUUAUUUUUAUAGCCAAAUUCGGACUUAAAAAGGAGUUUGCACGGCCUGGCAACUAGCGUAGGUUUUUCUUGUCACUGAAGAGUAAAGCUUGUCACCUGGCGCCGCUAGAUCACAGCCUUGAGGAGGCAUAAAUUCAUGUUUGUUUGUUCUUAUAGGCAUUGCUAAGUCGAAAAUGUACUUCCAAAAAAACCCGGAAAUUCUGAAGGGGAGGGGGGGUUCACGACUAUGGAAUUCUGAGGGCAUGGGGGGGUAGCGCAUUUUGGAAUUUCCGAAGGCAAGGGGGGGUUAAAACAUGGAAGCCGUCCGUGGUUGGGUAUGGAUAUUUUCUGGAAUUGCCCAUUCACAAGUAUGCAACUUUAGCCCUGAAUAGGGCUGUAAUUGUUAAAACUAUUGACUGCUGUCUCAUCAGUUAUAUUUUGAAGUAGUUAUUCUUUCAACUGACAGUGGGGUUUGAACCCUUUACGAUAAAAAUAAGGUUCAGGGAUGAUAUAUACAGCUGUAAAAAGGAAUGAGAGUAGUAUUUAGGUAGGGUGGCUGAGUGGUCAGAGUUUAAAACAAAGUUUAUUAUUAUUAUUAUUAUUAUUAAAUUAUUAUUAUUAUUAUUAUUAUUAUUAUUCUCACACCCUAUAGGUGACCUUAUUCCCUAUAAAGCAUCAAGCUGUCCCGUGUCUAUGGUCCUUCUUAGGAUCUUAAUUAGCUGUUCCCAACAAACAAGCUAAGCUUCCUGGAGCAGUACAAUGAUCCCAUGUGUUCCCAGCUAAAAGCUGAUCCACAUCCUUCGGUUUUUACUCACAGUCCCAAGAGCUUUGAUUACAAUAGGGAUGACAGAUACACUUCUGCAGUUCGAGAUUUUUUGCACUUCUACCUUUAAGUAUUAUUAUUAUUAGUAGUAUUAUUAUUAUUAUCAUUAUCAUUAUUAUUUCAACAUUUGAACGACCUAUAAAAUCAGGAGUUUCAAUAACCAGUUUAAGGUGUGUCUAGUGCUGCCUAUAUAUAUAGGGCUAUAUAUAGUUGCAGUACUCCUGAAGUAAGGAUGUUACAGUAAGAUGUUAGGGAAAAGGCUCCAGCGGUCCCUUUCACAGCCACCCAAUAUGCCAACAUUAUCAGCUACACAUGGAAAAAGUUAUCAAAACCCCUGCUAACUUAGCAUAAAUAAUGUACAUUAGGAGGCUUAACUUAUAUGUACAUGUAGGUAUCCCCUGAAAGCAGCAUCCCCUUUUCCCUGGUAUACGUUACUAAAUGAUGUGAUUUACAUGCAUGAAGUAAAUGACAUGUUAUGUAUUGUACUUAUUGACUUAGCAAAGCCCCUCGGUGUUCCCUCUAGAAAUUCUGUAGAGUGUGACAUUGACAAAGAUAUUAAAUGUUUUCUGUCUUUGGGGAAUGUCGCAGCCUUUGCCUUUUGCCUUUACUUGGCUUCUUAGCUUAAGAGUUUAUUCACCAGUACAAUGCAUAUUAUUGCCACCAGCCUUUUCUAUGCAAAGUAUUCUUUUUUGAUAUUUUGAAAAGUGAAUUGUUCUGAGUCAGGUUUUUUAAAAUUACAAAAUACCAACUCUCUAAACUUCAUGCAGUAUAUGCAAUGUAAAAUCCCAUUUUGUCAAAGUAAUUAAGUUAGAGAGCAAUCAGGACAUGUGACAAUUUUCCUUGAAUAUAUGUCUUCAUUGUAUACUGUUGUUAGAAUCAACUGAGCCUGGUACAUCAAAAAAUAUAUUAAAACUUUACAUAAUGUACAUCAGUGAGGUUAACUUUGCAGAAUUUUUGAUUAAAGACAUUUGGAUGAAGAUAUGCUUGAUCGUGACUUUUUAAAUACCGAUGUGACGCAUGUAAUACUACUUCAGCUGCAAUGUUGGAGCUUAUGAUGUCAACAUAGAUUCUGUUCUUUCCUUUUUUAGUACCUUGGUUUCCUCGCAAGAUUGCUGAUUUGGAUAAAUUUGCCAACAGGGUGCUGAGCUAUGGAGCAGAGCUUGACUCAGAUCAUCCAGUAAACUAUAACAUUGGUCUUUCAUUCUUUAGCUUAUUAUAAAUAGUGCCACUCAAAAAUUAAUCAAAAGCGAUGUUUUUUCCAUCCCCUGAGUGAUGUCAUCUGCGAAGUUGUUGAAAAGUUUUCACACACACCUUUCAAUAUACAUAAUAGUUCUAUUCAUAUUUGAAAAGAUCUUAAUUCUCAGACAACUGAUCUGAUGUUAAAAAAAUUACUUAUCAUAUUUUGUUGUUUAAUUGUGCUAAAUGUGUACAGUUAUGAUAUAUUUUUUCUUUACUGCAUAAUAUUAAUCCAAAUUAAUUCUUAAUGACUAAUUUAAUGUUAUAAUUUUUUAUUAAUGUGUUAUUUUUUGCAGUGACUAAUUGAGAGCUUUUUUGUAUAGGGAUUCACAGAUCAAGUCUACCGAGCUCGCAGAAAGGAGUUUGCAGAUAUUGCCUUCAAUUAUAAACAGUAUGUACUAUAACUGUACACCUUACUUUGUUAGAAGAAUAUUUGUAACAAGCAGGAACAGUGUGUACAUAUACUUCUCUAUUUCACUUGUUGAUCGAAGAAUAAGAUAAAUUGCUUGUUUGCAGUGGUGAGCCAAUUCCAGAAGUGACGUAUACAGCAGCUGAGAUCAAGACCUGGUAAGGACAACACUGUACUCAAGAAACACUUUUCAGUAUACUUAACCCUUUAUAAAUGCAAAUAACAAAAUUUAAAUCCUCAUUUGUUGUCUCCAUACAUUUGCCAUAAAACCAAAACACUAGAGAAUUUUUCGAUUAAAGUGCAUCAUUAGAAUUUAUCUUGUAUAAUCAGGCUCGUCCUUAAAUUCUCAUUACCACUCUGUCUUUUAAGUGGUACUAAAAGAAAUGUGAUGCCAAUCACAGCCAAGCGUGGUCAUUGCACGCGUGCUGAACAAGAAUGCUGUAUCAUGGCAGACUAGAAACAAUAGACAACUCCCAAAGCAUGAAACUCAGCCAAAACGCUAAAAAUCUUCAAUGUUUACUCAAGUUUGGGCUUAUAGAAGAUAAUGUCACAGUUUUUCAAUGACCAUGAAAUUCAGAGUCCGGGUAGUUAGUUAAUCAAUUGUGGCCCUGAAAAAAUUUGAAGGAAAAAAAACUAUUAAUUUUUAAGAAAAUGCGUUUUUCGUGAGAAGGACUCUUAAACGCUGACAAACGUCAACAAAUAGCGAAAACUAUAAUUUCUAUAUGUUUGCUUUGCUCGAAAUCGCGCGCAUUUACAAGGCCCUAAAGCGUUUUGCUGACUUGCAAGGACCCAUCUGUUAUAACGAUGCCCAAAAUAAAGGGAUGAAUCUCUUAGUGUAUUAGAUAUAAUCCGUGUAAAGUUUGCUUAUCAUUUUCGCACAAAUUAUGACCUAAAUUUGGAAACCGCUGAAUUUCUCGAAUUGGGUCUUUGCGAUUUUGGUGAAACUCUGUUCAGCGCAAGGCACUAAUGUGCACUAUGUGUAGCCGAGAGAUUUUCACGAAAAAAUGCCGGCAAAAGCAGAUUUUCGACUCAGACCUCAAAGGGGCGUGGCAUUAUAACCACGUGACAUUUACUCCGAUCGCCAAAAAUUUUAUGUUAUAUUGUAGAUUGAUAAAUAUGUUAUCUAUUCUAUGUGUUAGUAGUAGUAAAGGUGGGGAUACCAGAGAGCUUCAAAGUAGGAUGGUACCCCCCCCCCCCAAAAAAAAAAACUGGGUCGAGUCACCUUAAGCUGGCUUAUUGUAGCUACAAUGUGAUCGUAUUGCAUUUUAAUCCUUGAGCAAAAAAAAAAAACAUUGCUGAUUAUUGGCCUUAUCAUCCUACAGGAAUGUUGUAUUUUCUGAGUUGACCAAGUUGUACCCUACGCAUGCCUGCCGUGAACAUAAUUAUGUUUGGCCACUGUUAGCCCAGAACUGUGGCUAUAGGUGAGUAUUUGUAGCCUGAGAUAGUAUCAGGCGUUUCUGGGGGAAUAAGGAGAAGAGAGAAACAAAAAGGGCAGACAGCGACAGUGAGUUUUCUCUCUUUUAUGAUUUCAUUGUUUCAUGUAAACAAAUUGCUCUUCCACAUCGAUUUAGCCUCUCCACAGUUCUUCUUUUCUUUUUCCCGACGAAUUUUGCGAGCGCUCGAGAAAAAUAAAUGAAAAAAAUGUGCGGUUUCAGCGACAUUGCAUUUCGUGGUACCUGUUUGACAGGCUCGCGCGAUCGUUUGUUGUUUGACUUUGUCUUUGUUGGCGACGUUUCGACCACGUAUUGCUUCAAACUGCUGGUCCACAUCAGGUGACGAUGUCGGUUUAAUAGGCAAAAGAUGCUGGCGUCUGUUAGUUUUAAAUUGCUUAUACAGCGCGGCGCGCGUCCCUGCAAUAAGUCCCUUCGUUCGCCCCUAAAAAAAAUCGGCGCGUGCGCUGUUACUUGCUUUGAGUGUGGCUGGAAAAGCACCAUUCUCAAGCACAUAGCCUAAUAAAGCCUUAUAAAAGGACAAGUAGUACUCGAUCAAAACGUCGCAAUGAGUAAUAAAGUGACCGUCUUAGACAAAACUCUUGUGAAAAUUUCACAACAAUGAUAAGAGGAGGCGCCUGUCAACAAAUGUUGUCGGAGUGUUGGGACUGCACGUUUCAAAGGCGCUCUAACCACUAAAUUGGCUCUUUCAGGCUGGAUAACAUUCCGCAGCAAGAAGGUGUGUCAAGGUUUUUAAAAGGUAAAGAGCAGGGAUCCAUUUCAUAGCUUGGUUAGACCUCAAAGUUCAAAAAGCCAAUCGCAAAUUGUAUUGAUUAUUGGUCUUUUGUUUUUCUUCACUUUUUUCACAGAGUGCACAGGGUUCUCCUUGCGUCCAGUAGCUGGUUUGCUGUCAUCACGUGACUUCCUAGCAGGCCUUGCGUUCCGAGUGUUCCACGCGACUCAAUACAUCCGCCACGGUAGCACUCCUAUGUACACCCCUGAACCAGACAUUGUUCACGAGCUCAUCGGACACGUUCCCUUGUUUGCAGAUCCUGACUUUGCGCAGUUCAGUCAGGUGAGUCAGGAGCCCAUCAACCAAUAAGGGGAGAAAGUACACUGAAAACGACGGUUUUCGUCUUAAACUUCACACAGACUUUCUUUAAGUGCCCUUCCAGGAGUAAUGUUAAGUGAAGAUCGCCACCAAACUCGCAAGUAAAAACCCUGUCACGUUUGUGGUGGACAGACAUUUUGCAUUCAUAUCUUCCGUCCUUUUGCCUAAGUUCACCCUCUCCUAGCGCGAGAUAUACCGACUGUUGUCUUCUUGCAAUCCACAUACAUUUAUUUUCUAAUGAACAGUCUUUUCUUAUGUUGGUCAGCGGAUGUCUGAGCAGAUGACCAUUCUAAUUCACUGUAGCCUGUCCACCAAUUCCUUUAAUUCGCUAUCUGUGACGGAAUGCUAGGGUAUGGUCACCCAACGUUUUCUUAGCAUCCCGCUCCUCGUAACUGUUUCAUGCCACAGGAAAACCAGGUAAAGCCUCUCUGUUUGGAAUCGCUGUGGUCACAAGGUUGACAAUCGUAACUUUAAACUGCCAGUUAUAAUCCCUAGCUAGUGCACCUUCCUAAGUUUUAUUUCUUGGAUGGCAAUUAAAAACAUUUUUGGAGAGUCCUUUACUAAAUACCAUCUUUGUGUCGCUUUUGCCUAGAAUUGUUUUUCGCAAUUUCUAUUUGUAGAAUAUAUAAGGGUGGUUCUGAAAACGAGAUUUAAUGUUAAAGUGGAAGUUUGUCGGUAAGAGUUCAGGGAUGAUAUGUAAUAACAUAGUUUCUCUAUGGAAAGAAACAUCUUGAAAUAUUUCAUUUUUUAUGAGUGCUUCUUUUAUUUUUUCUUGAUUUGUUAAACAGGAAAUUGGUCUGGCAUCAUUAGGGGCCCCAGAUGAGUGGAUUGAUAAAUUGGCUACGGUGAGGAGUGUUUGUUCCCAGCUGUGUAAACGUAACGUAAAUACUAAUGCGAACAGACGUUGAAAUCUUGGAGAGGAAAUGACAUGGAACUUGUGGGAUUUGAGGUUGUUCUACUUGCCGUAGAGUCGGGAAAAUUUGUUACUUUCUCUUUGAUAAAUUCUUGAAUUUCAUUGGAAGCGCUCGGCAAAAACAGAGGAAUAAACCAACCAGAACUGGAACCAAAAUAUUACAACAGAUGUCGAUCACCGUAACGUGCACCUAAUCCCGCUCACUCGGAACUCCUUCAACGCGAAACCCGCCGACCUGGGGCCCAUUUCUGGAAAGCCCCGAAAAUUAACGGGUCCGUAAAGCUGUUGUUGUUUACAUGCAAGAUAGAGGUUUCAAUAGUUUUGCAUCUAACAUGAUAAAACUAUCAGUUAUUGAAAUAAAAUAGAGUACAUUGCUAGCAAGGAUCCUCGCUCUCAUACCUGUAACAUAAACAGCCCCCGAGUCCCCUGAGCUGUUCAACCACUCAGUCCCCAGAAAACGCCAAAAUUAUGGAUUAUAAUAAAAUGUUACUUAGCUUGUUAUUGUUGUUGUUGUUGUUUAUUGUUCUUUGUUUUACUCGUCGUCUGUAGUUGUACUGGUUCACCGUUGAAUUUGGGUUAUGCAAGCAAGACGGGAAUAUCAAAGCUUAUGGUGCUGGACUCUUGUCAAGCUUUGGUGAACUGCAAGUAAGUAGAGAAACGUUUCUUUUGUAAAUCAGAUUGUCUAACCUUCCCGCCUUCUUCCCCCACUUUCUUCUUCUGCUAUGUGCCAACUUCAUAAAUCACCCUUUUAACUCUCCCUAAUCUUUCUCUGCUUUCAAAAUCAAAGAUGGCGUUUGGAAAGAACUAAGCCCUCGCUCGGCCGAAACUUGAUGGAGGCAUAUUUACGACAGAUAGAUAGAUAAAUACGAUUCAGUUCACUGCAUACUAGAUUUCUUUCACAGUGACAGUUUGGAAGGCUUUGCCUUGUUUAAUUCAUGGAAUUAAAUUAGGGGCUUCUAAUAUCACCGCACUUGAAUAUACUGCAAAAGACGUCAACGACAAACGAAUCGGGGUUAAUUCCUUUCUACUAUACUACUCAAAAUGAUAUUUAAUUGUAUCAUUAAAUGCCUAUCCUAUGAUGUAUUAUAGUACUGUUUGACAGAUGAACCAGAUAAGAGGCCAUUUGAACCAGAGAAGACCUCAGUUCAAAGUUAUCCCAUAACCAAAUACCAACCCGUGUAUUUUGUGGCUAACAGUUUUCAGAGUGCCAAGGAAAAAGUCAGGUAAGCAUUGAAACGUUGUGAAUUCACUGUAAACAGCAAGACUAUGUUCAAACUGUGGUCAUUAGCCUCUCGAGAAUUUUCUUGGGGCGAAAAGACGUCAAAAUACUGGGUAGCCUGGAGCACUUACUAUUUACAUGGGAAAACUGGAAAUUCUGGUUGCACAAUCAAAUGGCUCGCACCAUUUCGUUUUGAAGGUUCAGUAAAUAUGGACUGUGGUUUGAAGCGAUGUAAUUUUUCAACUGUUAAGUCUGUUCAGCUGUUUUGGAUAUGCUUUGUAGCAGGUCGUUCUCCCACCACGUCAAAUUUUCCAGUUUCAUAUCCUCAGGAUUUCCCCCGGGUGGUUUUUGUAAAGGAUAAACACCCCAGAAUUUCACACGUUAGGAGCUUUUUUGCUUCCUAUAAGUUCUCGAGGAGUAUAGCCUAUAACAGUGAUGUUUCUGGUUCCUCCUUACCAACCUCGUCCCCAGGGCUUUUCCCUGAAAAAAUGGGAAAGAGGUUGCAUCAUCACCACCACCACCACCACCACCACCACCACCAUUAUUAGGGAGGAACUACCACGACGACCACAACGACGACUUUCAAAAAAAAACAAGAGGUUUAAUGAUCAAAACAGCAGCUCUGCACGUGCAUCACGCUUUUUAGUACAUUUUUUUGACGUCCACUGCACCACUACGAGGUGAAACCUCCUAAUUUCACGUUUUAAGGAGGACGUGGACAUACGACGACGAAUUUUCCUUCAUCUUUUUGAACCUGAAUAAAAUCCUUAAGAAUUCAACUCCAGGAAAAGUCCCCUGCAUUUGACAUAUUGAGCGGGUCCAAAUAGACGCGAUUAAGUUUGAAAGAACGCAAAGUCAUUUGUUUACCGACGACUGCAGUCGUCGUCGUCCUCGCUUAAGGCCCCUAUUGUUGUUAUUGUUGUUGUUGAUGUUGUUCUCCUUUCGAAAUUUUCGCUUCUAGGGAAUUUGCUGCCAAGAUUCCCAGGCCGUUUUCGGUCCGCUACAACCCUUAUACACAGUCCGUGGAGGUACUGGACUCUAAGGACCAGAUCAUGAAAUUGACCAGUGAUAUCAGAAGUGAUAUCUCCACCCUGCAUGACGCACUUGGCAAAUAUGAAUAGAGACAGUAAAUACGGCAUGGUGAAGUACCUAUCGAGAAGAUACACGGACAUAUAUUUUUAUAUAGAAACAACGUAGAUCUAGUCGCAAUGAGGAGCAUUUAUUAAUGGGUCUUUCUUAUAUUCUCGACUUGAGUUGUUCUCUGGCGAGUGUUAUAAUAUUCCACAUAGGAAAUAGUUGUUCUAACUAAAAGAUAUUUUUUUACCAGCGUACUGUCUAUCUUGGAGAAAGGUUAAGAAAAGCUCUUCAAUAACAUAAGCAGUAAACACGUUUGACGUAUAUCAAUACCUUUGUCCAGGCUAGCGUACGAAAAAAAGUUCAUUGUACAUGAUAGGUACAUACGGCGCGCAUACCCAAGGUGUCCACAUACUGCAGUGAUAGCAAUCUAAUCCAUUUCGUAUGUUGGUGUCGUAUAUGAUGUCCACAUACUUCAGUGAUGGAAAUCUUAUCUAUUUCGUGUCGUUAUUGACAGCGACUGCAGGACAGUAAAACCAUUAACGCCGCGUAGCAUGUAGCAUUUUCGUUAAUUAAAAUGGUUCCAAAAUUAGUCUUUCAAAAUAGCAACUUUAAGAAAAACGCACGUUUUGGAGCAUUUACUACCUAGUGACCAGUUUUGUGUGAUGCAAAAUGUUUGUUCAAACUAACGUAUUUAAAAGUCUGAGAUGCAAAUGGGUUAUUUAGAGUAGAGUCAUUCAUGUGGUGUAUGUUUUGGUAAGGUCACCACGUAGAAUUAUUUAACUAGGCAAGCGUAACUAUUUAACUGUAGUUUGUGAGUUUUCGCAAUAAAGUAGAUCUAA